AUGGGCUUGGCUGGAAUUCAGAUGGCGUUGAUGAGGCUGCAGCUACCCAAAAAACGCAUCCACCUCCCACCUCCCACCCAUAUCCCGCCUCAUGAUUGGUACCUGUUCGCACCAGAAGAGACAAUCCGUGUCCCAUCCAAACUUGCGAAAGUCCAGGCCGUCGACCCUCAAAGCGUUCAUCAGCACCCACCAACAAAUUCUCCUCCUCGUUCUCACUCGCCCACACCACUCGCCAACGUCACCUGCAAACAUCGUCGUUCAUCCGUAGAUGGCUCUCUCAGCGAGGUCAUCUCCGUCUCUUCAAUCAUCGGACCCGUAUGGCGGUACCCAUCGAGGAGAGCAGGGACGAGGAGGGAGAUGUUACGGGUCUGGCAUAUGGCCAACCACCCUGGGCCUGCCGCUCGAAUCUGCCGAGAGGACACUUGCGACAGACACCGCCUGGGUUGCGGGUUGGGACCGCCCGAGUCGGCGUACGAUGACGAGGAUAUGCGACCGUCGAGGCCGACGCCCACUAGGAGAACGUACGGUGUUCCGAACGUUGAGGAGGAUAGAAGGGACUUGGUGUUGGGGUGCACGACGAGCUCGAUAGCUCGACAGCCGCGGAUUUCUCGACAGUCGCUCUCGCGCCAACAGCCAACAGACUCUAUUUACGGGCGGAGUUCUCCGUGCGAUGGACUGGUGACACUCCGCGACUCAGUUGCAUCUUUCGUUACUCCCUCCUUAGUCGAGAUCGGACACACACUCCCCUCUUAG